AUGAGAUGUCUCAAGGCGAAUCGCUGCUGUAGCGGCUAUGAAGUCCAUGGCACUGCAGACUUUCGCUCAUACGAACCUCGAGACCAGAGCCAGAUCGCUACUUUCUCGUCCAUGGCCCGAAAGUGCACCUUACCUAAGCGGACACCUAUCCCGGGCACCAGAAAUGACCUCCCGGAUGACAGCAUACCACCAGAGACCACCGAUGCACAGAGCAAUGCAUUCUGUCUUCGGGCCUUUUACUACGACUUUUGCGUGGUAUCCACUAAUGAGCAUAUAUCUCAAGGCUUCCUGCCCGGUAUCGAGAAAAAGGUUCGGCGCCUCGGACCCAAAUCAGACCUGGCUAGAGCCUGUCAGGCAGUGGGGUUCGUGAGCCAUGCCAAGCCUCUCAAUAGGCCUGCCAUCAUGCGCAAAAGCGAGGCCUUUUACCAAGAAUUACUUGGAUCUCUGGCUAGGGCCAUUGACGACCCAGUCACUGAACCAACCAAAGAAGCCAAGUCAAUUGCAAUGCUAUUGGGACUUUACCAGAUGAUGAUUGCGAGUUCUGACAACCACGGUGCGCACGAGAUACAUGCCAAAGGCCUCUCGGCACUGAUGAAAGUUAAACACCUGCCCGGAAACGAUUUCAACGGAGAGGGUUCUAGCUUUUUCAAGCAGUUUCAUUUGGACACGAUAUUCUGUAUCCCGAGCCUGCGUGGGCCAACCGGUAGUCUUGGGGAUCUACUAUCUGGGGUCGAGAAGCUCUACUCAAGAAAUGAGCACUCUAUUGGCACAAACGAUGUGGCAGAAAUAAAGAAAGACGCUAUGGCUUUGAGUCAGCUAUUCUCCGAAUGGCAGAACACGAGGCCACUGGACUUUCGACCCACCACAGCUGGAGUAACAUAUCAAAGAGAUGUGACGCAACAUGUACCAGCAGGACUGUGGCCUGGAAACCUCGAUACGUAUUUUGACCUUUACGUCGCGGGUAUAUGGAACAUCUUUCGCACAGCUCAGUUAUUGCUCCUGGCCCUCAUACUGAGACUACCACAAGACCCCAGGACCGCUUGCCACGAUGAUCAUUAUUUAGAAGAGACUCAAACAAUCUUUCAAGAAAUCGCUGCGUCGAUACCCUAUCAUUUGACUGACAGUCUGCCGGCAUUCAUCAAUGAUUUGGCGAAAACAUCCGAAAUUACGGAUACGGGCAAACACCUUGGCGGCUUGCUUCUUCUGCAUCCGCUCUACGUUCUCACACAAAUGCCAUACUUGCACGAACCAGAGAGACAGUAUGCAAGAGAAUGCUUAUUGUGGAUCGGAUCGAAUAUGGGGCUAGGACAGGCAACUGUUCUUGCUCAUGAACCGAAUCUAGACAAAGAAUACGUACUCAGCGGAUGUAUGAUCAUCUGGUCGGGGUUCCUUAGCUAG